GAAGCUAACUCCGGAGGUUUGUGUUGUACAUAAACCUUUUCCAGAACACUCGGUACGAUUUCGAAGCGCGAUUUGAUUUCUGUUAAGAACGACGUCGUUUAGUGGAUAUGGCUGAGGAGAAGUACUCUCAGCGCCCUUUGUUCGGCGGCGCCAUCUCUAGCCUCUUCCCUGAUAGAUUUCAGGAUGUGAGCAAUGUUCGUCAGGUUCCUGAUCACCAGGAGGCGUUUGUGGACCCGGCCCGCGACGAGAGCUUGAUCUUUGAGCUGUUGGAUUUGAAGCCUGAAGUUGGGGACAAUGGAAGUGCUACCUGGUUUCUUCAGGACCUUGCUACUGAACAGGACGCUGAGGGAAGUGUGUUGAUUGAGCAGUCGGGAGUAGUUGAGGUUCCUGGACUAAGUUACGGAAACAUACCUGCUGUUGUUACAACUGCAGUUGGCCAAAUGGCCAUUUCCAAGGGGCGACAAGGAAGGGAAGCACAAAAUACUGUGAGGGUCUAUGUGGCAAAUCUACGACUUAAGGGAGUUUCUACAGAUGUGCUGAUUACUGCAUAUGAACCCAUUCAUAUCAAUCCUCUGAGCGAAAGUGCUAGCACAGUCGGCGCGGGUAUCGCUGCUCCUGCAUUACAAUCUGGGCAUGUGCCAAUGGUUGAGGUGUUCAGAGUAGCCGUUUCAAGCUUCAAAGUGAAUGACUGGAAUCUCUUUGGUUCUGGGCCAUGAGAUGUAUUUCGAACAUUUAUGUCCGCCGUAGUUUUAGGCUAGUUUCAAACCUGUUUUGCAUACUCUUGCCUCUCAUUUGUCACGGCCUCUUUUGUUAUAGCUGAUUCUGAUAGCGUGAUGUUUUCACCAUAUGAAGUCGUCGAUCAGUCAUCGCUUUCUAUG